AUGGAAUCCGGGGGUCAAGAUGAGAAAAACGACACAGAGAUCCUCAACAAAUUGGAAGACGAACGUUUUAGACUGCAGAGACAGGUGCGAGUAAUAGAAGCAGAUAGACUACAUCGGACUACAGGAGUCCACCCACAGCUGCGAAGACAGGACAUGCUACUCGGAACCUUGAAGAGAGAGUACAUAAACUUGCUGAAAGACUUGAAAAUCGCAAGAUCCGGUGCACACAAGAAGAAAGAUAAGAAAAUGAAGGGCACUCUAAAAAGAGCUCUAUUGCAGAGGAUCAAGUCUGAAAUUGAUAGUGAAGAGGGCACGACCGAAAUGCAUCAAUUAGAAGAAUUAUUUCAAAAGAAUCUCCGCGAGAUGUUACAGUUGAAGAAAAUAACAAAUGCCACGACUGGACAGUUAGAUGAACGUCGAACCCAAAGCGAAUCACGACUGAUGGCCACUGAAAAUAAGCUGGAAGCGGCCAUGCUCAGAUUUAAUUUGGUCCAGACUGAAAACAAAAAGAUCAGGGACGAAAUAAGCCAUAUGCUGAAAGACAGGUACAAUUUCAAUACAUUUUUUUCUGACUAG